AUGCCACUCCGCCGAGGCAGCGUCUCCUCAGACGUCCGAACCGACGCUCUAUCCCCAGACCGACCCUGCAAGCCCCAAAAAGCCGCCACCGCGCUCUCUCACCUCCCCCCCGAAUUGCACCUCCACAUUGCCGCCCACCUCUCCAUCCCCCAUCGCCUCGCCUACGCCGCAACAUGCACGUUUAUCAGAUCCGCUGUGCUGAGUGAUGCCGAGUGGGGGCGGGUGUGUGGGUUUAUUUGGCGGGAUUGUGGGGCGAAGGUGGGAUGUGCAGGGGGGAUAGGAGAGGGAUCCGCGUUACGGACAUGGCGGGAGGUGUUUCUACAGCGUUGCCGCGAGGACUGGAGGGUGGCAGGUGGGAACCCGGGGAUGGGGAAUCGGGGGUCGGCGCUGAGGAAUGGGGAGGUUGCGCAGCUUUACGAGGGCCGUCUUCUAAUCGAAAAUGACUACUACCUUGGGGUGUCCAUUCAAGACCUUUCCACCAAUCGGUGGCCGCCCAACUACAUCAAGGAGGAUGGGACGGUGAAUUGUUUACAGGCAUAUAUGGGAGUCCUAGCUCUCGGAUGGGAGCGCGGUCCACGUCAAGAAUACCCCGCUCAUCGACCCACACCACAUACACCCGCCCGCAGCCCAUCCCCGGGUUUCGUCACACUCUACAACCUCGACACACUUCAGCCCUUGACCGUCCUCCGCGCAACCUCCAUGUCGGGCGUGACGGCGCUCCGGUUCAACUCUCGCCGGCUGAUGGCAGGCGACCAGUCCGGUGCGGUGCGAAGCUGGCGGUUAUCGCCCGGCGCUGGUCGGGGGUGGCUGGAACGGACGAUAUGGCCACCGGUGCAGAUACAAAACCGGUCGCAGCAUGACGCCGUGGUGGACGUGCAAUUCACAGACUCGCACAUCCUCUCCCGCACUAAAUCGGUCGUGCACGUGUUUUGCGUGCGCACGGGGACGGUGGUCAUGUGCUUCCCGGGCCCGAUGCUGUCGUCGUCGGUGUGGGAUACGAUCCCGCUGGCGGCUCAUCUCGUUGGGACGCAGGUGGCGAUUGCGACGUGGGACUGUGUGCGGGUCGUCGGGUUCGGUGCACAGCGGGGCCGGAACGCUCUGUUCAAAAUGUCGUCGCCGAUUAAGGAUGUGUAUGGUGCGGUGUGCGUGGAGAUAGUGGACACCGGGGCGGCGGUGGUGUGCGGAGACGGCGACGGGCGGCUGACGUUCUGGGAUGUACGGAGCGGGGACUUAGUUGCCGAGCGUCAAGACCUCGAUCCCGUGCACGCCAUGGAUGUUUGGCCGGUGAAUGAGGGCGGGUAUCUUGUCCAUGUCGCGUCUGCGAAUCUGAGGCAGCCCGUUUUGACGGUGCAGGUUGCCAGGCGCGAGUAG